UUAAUACGAUUUGUACUUAUUAAAAUUUAGAGAUGAAUGAACCUUAAAUAAUUUGUUGAUUUGUUGAUGCAGUCGUGUCAGACUCAAUUUUACGGUUUGUUUGUUUAUCUGUUUAGCAUAGUUUCUACGACAUGCUUUAAACACACACGACAAACAUAGUAAGUCUAAACGUAGACGCGAGUAGUGGUUACUGAAUUGAAGAGAAAUGAAAAACAAUAUUUUUACAAAAGUCGUUACCUACUGUUUAGUAACUGCAAUUUUCUUGUUUUUAUAUAAGUUAUUUAUUGAUUUUAAAUAUACAAAUGACAUAAAUAAUGUUGAAAUUAUGAUAGAAAAUAUAGAAAAUAUUCAAAUAGUUACGGAAAGUGAUAACAAAUUGAAUCUAAAAUAUAUUUUGCAAUGGACCUCACCGAAAAAUGUACCAUUUGUAUACAUGGGUGAAGGACGACAAGGGUUUAUUGACAGGAAUUGUUCAUUUACCAACUGUUUUGUCACAGCUAAUGAAUUAUACCUAGGUGAUUAUACAAAAUUUGAUGUAAUUGCAUUUGCUGGGCCUGAAGUAAGGUUUAUGACGAAACUAGGUUUUUUUGAUCGUUUACCCAAAAAAAGGUCACCACAUCAAAAAUAUGUUUUUGCUAGCAUUGAAUCAGCUGAAAAUUAUCCAGUGUGUAGUGAUAUAUUCAAUGGCUUUUUUAAUUGGACAUGGACAUAUAGAUUGGAUUCCGAAGCGAAAUGGGGAUAUAUUGUGAUAAGAGAUUCUACUAACAAAAUAGUAGGGCCUAAAACGAAUAUGCAAUGGAUGAAAUUAGAACAUAUGGAUCCUGUUAGUGAAGAUCUAAAAAUAAUUUUGAGAAAUAAAACUAAAGCGGCUGCUUGGUUCAUAUCUAAUUGUUACUCAAGAAGUGGACGAGAAAUAUUUGUUCAAAGAUUACAAAAGCGGCUCGCAAAAUACGACCUGGAAAUUGAUAUUUAUGGUGAAUGCGGCUCUAUGGAGUGCCCUCGUGAUAAAGAUGACGAAUGCAAUAAAUUAAUUGAGAAGGAUUAUUACUUUUAUCUCUCUUUCGAAAAUUCGUUUGCUGAAGAUUAUGUGACUGAAAAAUUAUUGCACCCAUUAAAGAAUAACGCUGUGCCAAUUGUAUAUGGCGGUGCGAAUUAUACGAGGUUUAUGCCCGAUGGAAUAUAUCUGAAUGCUAGAGAGUUGGGUCCAGAAAAACUGGCUUUAAAAAUGUACGAAUUAAUAAAAGAUCCAGAAUCGUAUGCCAGUUUUUUCAGAUGGAAAAAUCACUAUUCCUACUACGGCAGACAUGAGAGCAUCGAAACGAAUGAUUAUUGUAGAUUUUGUUCUAUGCUUAAUGAGGAAGACUUGGUUACUGCUACGUCGGUUUACGAGAAUUUUCGAAGUUGGUGGGAUCCGCCACAUCGUUGCUAAAGGAAAUUAACGUGAAGUGAUAUCGUAUAAUAAUAUAAUUUAAUAUUUUACAAAUAUGUGGAAACUUGUGACAAUAAUGAAAUGAAUACAAUAAGUACUUAUACGGCUUUAGAUUUUGAGCUGAAUAUGCAAAAAAAAAAUUAUUACACUAAAUAAAAACAAUCAAUGAAAUUACCUUUCGUAUAUGAGACAUUAUGUGAACCCCUAUAUACUCGUAUACGUUCGUAAUUAAUAACACACCCAUUUACAUAUAAUUAUUUUAUCAGUUCGUUCGCAGUUAAUCGAUAAUAACUAAAUAUUUUUAUAGUGUUCAUGUUAAGUUUUUAGUAAUUAUACUUAAUGAUAUAAGAUCAUAUAGUCAGUACUCUCAAGUGACGAUAGUUCUAGUUAUCUGACAUCUCUUUACUACAUACUAAGACAUUUUUUUUCUAAGAUUAUCUGGCGUUGGUGAACUAUCAUAUGGUCCAUUUGCCCGCCCGUACAUACUCGUAUAUUAUAAAAAACCAAAACCGAAGAUGGUCUUCAAAAGCCAACUUGAAUUGGCUUCAUUGGUUUUUUCUUAAAAAAUAUUCUUGUAUAAUAAUAUAUUUAGAUUUAUGGUAAAAAAUUAAAUUUAUAAGCUUAAACCUAGGUGGUUAUACCUUUAUAUAUAGUUUUACGCUUUAACAAUAUUGUUAACGUAUUUUAAUUCUUAUGCUACCGGGCAAUAGAAUGGUAAAUCGCCCGACCCUAAAUCGAGCUAUCUCAAUGAAGAAAAGAAUUAAUAUUGAUUUAUAACUUAUUUACUACAAGUAUGUAAUUUUGAAGCAUAAUUACUGUACAGUAAUAUAUAUACAUAUAUGUUCAGCUUAAUAAAAAUUAUUAUUAUUGAUUUUUAAUUGGAAGUACUUAAAUUAGCAGAACGCUAUUAAUACGAUAAGGAAAUAACCUCUAUACAUUGUUUUUUAAAUGCUUAUUUUUCUUGACAGUGUUCAUGAUUUUUAGAAGUACCUGGAUAAUGUAAAUAAUUCAGAAUUAUAAGACCGUCUUUCAUCAAAAGUCAUUUAAAUGUAACUGAUCUGUAGAAUUAUAAUAUAGAAAUAAUUUUGUUAAAUGUUCUGAAUACACUUACAGUACUUACUUUUUCAAGUACCUUAUGUAUUGAACUAGAUAAAUAAUGAUGGAUGAUAAAUACAAAUAA